UCCAUUUGUUCAUUGCCACUCAUCUAUACCGUACCUCCUUUGGAACUUAGUGGAUGACGUCUGGAACCCUGCGUUCUGAAGAUGUCGAUCUCUCCAUUUGUUCAUUCCACUAUCCCUCUUUUGGGGGUUGGUCUGUCAGUCUAAAUAGUAAAAUGAUAAAAAAGGAAAAAAGUGUGCCUUCAGGCUUCAGUUGUUAAAAAUGGUUCCAUGUUUUGAAAAGGUGAGCCCAAAUCUAUUUUCCAAAAAAUCAGAAUCAGAAAUAUUUUGCCAUGGGUGUCAACAUAAUAAUAAUUAUAGCCUUAUUAAUGAGUGACAAUUUACGAGUGACAAAGGUAUGUAGUAAAAGUGUGAACAGUGAAUAUCUCUUAAUUGACAGUAAGAAUCACACAUUCCUAAUCAGCGCAUAUAUAAAAACAUGUAGACACGAAGCGAGAUUAUUAGAAGGCAGUUACAGCGAGAGGCAGACUCUGAUUUUAAUUUCAAAAUUAGAUGCAUUUGAUCCGUAUUGCUGUAAGUUAAAGAGAGAUGCUCAGCUCAGAUCAUGGACUGUCCCUGUACCAACCACAUAUUUCAAAUGUACUGAUAUUAUUUCUAUCAAUACAAUAGAAAACGAUGAGGUGUAG